AUGCCUCGUCGAAGACCUCCAGCACUCAGUCUCGGCAACGCUCUCUUUUGCAUCUUUGUAUGGCUACCUCUCAUAGCCACUGCUCAGCAGCAGCAGUCCGCCGACAAUGCCAACAACAUCCGCAAACGCCCUGCUCUCAGCAAUGCGCGCUCUCCGCCAGAACUGAGAUCCACCCACAAGCAUCUUAAAGACACCGCAAUCGACCCUUCAAUUGAGCGCGCCCUUGCGACUUUUGCUCCAGCCGAGUCUAACCCGGCCGUCAGAGCACCUCCUGCACGAUCAUCGGCCUCGUCCGGUGGUCUUUCUUCGCGACACCCGGCGCGGUCUCUGCAGGAUUGGCAAGUCGAGGAUAUCAUUCUCCUGGCGACCGUUGAUGGAAAACUACACGCAAGAGACCGUAGAACCGGCGCUCCCAGAUGGGAGAUCGAGGCCGACAAGCCCAUGAUCGAGACUGUCUACCACCACAACGACUCGGAUCCAGACGCCCAGCCUGAGACUAGCCUUAUCUGGAUCGUCGAGCCUUCUCAAGAUGGCAGUCUUUACGUCUACUCCUCUGAGCCACAGACUGGCAUGCAGAAACUCGGCUUGUCUGUCAAGCAGCUUGUUGAAGAGUUGUCUCCGUACGCCGGUGAAGAUCCGCCGGUAGUUUAUACCGCCGACAAGAAGAACACACUUUACACGGUCGAUGCAUCCAACGGAAGAAUUCUCAAGAUGUUCAGCUCCGGCGCGUCGACUUUCACCAACGAUCAGAAUUGCCGGCGAGUCGAUGGUCUCGGAUCACUCGAAGACAACGAAUGCGAGUCAAUUGGCACUCUUACCUUAGGCAGAACAGAAUACACCGUCUCCAUUGCAGACAAGCUGACCGGACAUCCUAUUUGCACCAUCCGCUACUUUGAGUGGGGACCCAACAAUCGCGACAAAGACCUACACAAUCAGUAUGCCUCGACCAUGGACAGCAAGUACAUUUACACUCAACAUGACGGUAGUGUAGUCGCUGUUGACUACAGAGAAACAAACCGUUUCGGCAACUCUAUCCUGUACAAGCAAAAGUUCGCGUCGCCAGUUGCUCGUGUCUACGAUGUCGUCAGACCUCUUGAUGAAGAGAUCCUAGAUGCUUCGCUGGUCAUUCUGCCGCAGCCCAUCGGUCCUGCUGGAGAUGACACAAUUGAGCAAGACAAGAUCUUCGUCAACUGCACCGAAUCCGGCAGCUGGUAUGCCAUGUCAGAGCUCAGAUAUCCCACUGUCACAGAUGGCGCUUCCAAGGCCGUAUGCUACACUCAAGGAUACGCCCUUCCUGUGGGCACUUUCAAUCCGGCUAAGCAAAGAGCAAACUUGGUUGGUAUACACCCUUUGCAUCCGACGAGUCAGGAACAGAGCGAGAUUCUCACGAUUGGUGGACCUGACCAGUCACUCGUCGGAUCUCCAAAUGCUUAUAACACUGAAAACGCUCAAGUCAUGCUACCGGCCGCAUCAAACCCCUGGGCUGGUAUCACGUCGUCGGGUUUGGUUGGCCUGCUUGCUUUGAUCGGAUUAUUCGCUAUUGUCUCUCGAUGGGUUGAUAUACAGAAAGUCAUACAACGCCAAGCUCCCGGUCCCGUUGCGAUGAAAGAGGCGCCUGUUCCUGUCACUUCUGAACCUACCGAGGCCCCUCCCAACAAGGACGAAGUCUCUUCUUCAAACGAGCCUGUUGAUCGCAAGGUCCGCUUCCCUGAACCUGCGGAAGAGACCAUUUUCCCACAAGGAGAACAGGAAAAGGCAAAGGAAACAACACCAUCGCAAGAAACGUCUGUUGAGGUCAAGGUCGACUCGCCUACCCGUGCUACAACCCCAACUCCACCAGAAGCAGACAAACCCGCUGAAGAGCAAACGCCUGUUAAGCCAAAGAAGAAAGCUACCCGUGGUGUCAGAGGAGGCAGAAAAGCGAAGGAAAAGAAGGAACAACUCGAAGCGCAACAACGUCGUCGUGCGAACAGCCAGAGCAACAGUGACAAGGAAAACAAUGGUGCUCUCGCCGCACCUGUCUCAAAGCCUCUCUCCAAGAUUGAAAAGAUCGACGGCAUGGAUGUCAUCAGUGUCGACACAUCGGAAAGCCCCAACGUGUCUGGCAAGAUUCAGAUCAAUAACCUUACCAUUGACACGGAUCGCAUCAUUGGACAUGGAAGUGCCGGUACUUGUGUGUUUGAGGGCAAGUUCGAAGGUCGUGCAGUUGCUGUCAAGCGUAUGCUUUCGCAGUACUACGAAUUGGCAUCUCAAGAAGUUUCGUUCCUUCAGCAAAGCGACCAUGACAAGAACGUCAUUCGUUAUUACUGCCAACAGAAGGAUCAGCACUUCCUGUACAUUGCCGUUGAACUCUGCCAAGCAAGCUUGUGGGAUCUCUUCAAUCUUCCAGAUGUUCGCGAAGAAGCACGUUACCAGCAACUUCAGUCUCUGGCUUCAGCUGUUCAACGUGAUGUACGUGGCGCUCUCUAUCAGCUUGCGAAAGGACUCUACCAUCUCCACGAUCUUCGCAUCAUCCACCGCGACAUCAAGCCUCAAAACAUUCUCAUCGCGUUCCCCAAACCAAACAAGCCCAACGAGCUUCGCCUGGUCAUCUCGGACUUUGGCUUGUGUAAGACCCUUCCCGAGAACGUCAGUACCUUGAUCGACCCUACGAGCAAUGCUGGUACUUGUGGUUGGAAGGCUCCAGAGCUUAUCUCGCAGCCCAAAGACACAGCUUCCAACAACGGUCACAGCAACAUCUCGCAUCCUGGCACUAGUGAAAGCUCUUCUGGCGGAACUAUGGGAGGUGUCAAGCGAGCAGCAGACAUUUUCUCUUUGGGAUGUCUGUUCUUCUGGGUCUUAACUGGAGGUGAUCACCCGUACGAUGAUAAGGAAGGUUGGAUGCAGAUGCGUGAGCUCAACAUCAAGAAGAAUAACCUUCAAAACAUGCACAAGCUCGACCUGGGCUCCGACAGCGAAGAGCCUCGCCAACUGAUCACCGCAAUGUUGGCCCACAACCCCGAAGACCGACCAUCCGCCCAACAAGUCCUCUGCCACCCCUUCUUCUGGUCACCCAAGAAACGCCUCGACUUCCUCUGUGACGUCUCGGACCACUUCGAGCACGAACCCCGCGACCCUCCAUCCCCCCACCUCUGCUACCUCGAAUCCUACUCGGACAUGGUCAUCUCCACAGUCUCCAAAGACAAAGACUGGCAACGCAAACUCGACCGUAUGUUCCUCGAUACACUCGGCAAACAACGCAAGUACAACGGCGCCAAGAUGCUGGAUCUGCUGCGUGCGCUCCGCAACAAGAAAAACCAUUACGAAGACAUGAGUUUGGAUGUCAAGAAGAGGGUGGGCUCUUUGCCUGAAGGAUAUUUGCAGUAUUUUACUGUGAGGUUUCCGACGCUGUUGAUGGCUUGUNUUUGGGCGAUUAAGGAUUGUAGGGUUGAGACCAAUGCGAGGUUUAGAAGUUAUUAUAGUAUUGAGAAUCAAGAGUGA